AUGGGCCCGGCGGAGGACCCGACCGUGCACAGCGAUGCAAGCGAAGACAGCGACGAGGACACAACGCCAUCAAGUGCCAAGAGAGCCAGAUCGAGCCGAGCAUGUGUAGCCUGCCGGCGAAUGAAAACCCGGUGCGAGUUCGACGAGGCUCUAGGCAAUGCGUGCAAGCUAUGCAUCAGGGCCCGACGGCAAUGCGUCAUGCAGUCUCUCCCUCGUCGAAGGAGGCCGAAAACCACUGACAGGGUGGCCGAUCUCGAACGAAAGAUUGACGCCCUUACUGCACUGUUGUCUAACAAGGAGUCAACAAAAUCUACAGAAGCAUCUCCCACGGCGGCAGACACCAGGAAUGCUUCUCAGCACCAACUCUCUCCUUCGACUCAGGCACCCAGCGCGUUGGAUACGCUCAUCGCAGACGUCCUCAACCGCGGCAUUCUCGAUUGGAGCACCGCCUGCCUAGCCUUCGAUCAAUACAACCAGAAAAUGUGUCAUUUCUUCCCAUUUAUCGUGUUUCCGGCCACAUCUACUGCAGACAUAGUCAAACAACAGCAGCCACUCUUGUUCUUCGCCAUUGUUACUGUGGCAUUGCGGUUGACCCAGUCCAACAUGGCCACCGAACUUAUCGACAUGCUCGCCAAAGAUCUGUCCUUGCGUAUCAUGUAUAAUGGGGAAAGAUCUCUUGAGCUGGUUCAGACCCUCCUCAUGUACACUUUAUACUACUCUAAGCCAAAAUAUGCUCGAGAGCUGAACUUCAAUCAAAUUGUGCACAUCGCCAGCACGAUGUCGCUCGAUCUUGGUCUGGGGAGGCGAUCUCACAAAGACUCUUCAGCGCAGACCCAGGACCUCAAUCAGCUUGAGUCACUUGCGGGCAGAAGAGCUUGGUUGGGAUGUUACUAUCUGGCAACGAGUGCAUCCAUAUCCCUUCGCCACCCGGCCUUCGUCCGCUGGUCUGUUUACAUCGAGGAAUGUUUGAAUGUUCUUUCAUCGGAGCCGCAGGCUCUGCCCAGCGAUGCCUGGCUGUGCGACCUGAUUCGUCUCCAACAUAUUGCUGAAGAUGCAUCUGUCGUGUUCGCUAUGGAUGAUCCGGGCUCAUUUGUCACACUCAACGAUCCCCAAACCCGAUACCAAGUUGGGAGUUUUCGCCAGCGGCUAGAACAUUGGCAUCGAUACUGCGAAACAAGUCUACAACGUAAGAUACUCUCGUACGUACGCCAUACAGAAGCCAUUGUAAGCCUCUACAUCCACGAGUCAGCGCUCCAUUCGGAGCAUCAUAAUAUAGAUGACUUCCGCCUGCCCUUGACUGGAGCUGGAAGUGAAGCGGCGGUACAGGAUAUGACUUCCUCAUGGGAGAAUCUGCAGUUCCCAGCGGCAAGAAUCGAAUCACUCUUUGCCUGCCUCGCUGCUAUCCAUGCAUGCUUUGACGCCAUGCUCUCUAUGGAUCUUGCAACAGUCUGCGCUCUGCCCAACAUGUUCUUCGUCCGCACAGGGUACGCAGCAUGGGCGCUUCGAAAACUCUCCACCAUAUGUGAGAGCCAGGCACAAGCAAAUGGGCAAUUUAGCCUCGACACUAAGGACUUGAAAUUUGAAGAGUACCUGAGCUCGUUUAUUGAGUUGCUGGCCAAGGUACACGCAGAAACCGGCUCGCAAGUGGUACGGGCCUUUUAUAUUGUGAUGACACAGAUCAAAGCACACGCCGCUGCUGGUAAAGCGGGAGUGAACGAAUUCCCUCCGAGAUGCCCAGAGCGACCAGCUUCCUCCCAUCUCAAGCCCGUGGACUCGGCAAGCCAGCAGUUAGAUCCGACCAUACCCGUUGAUGCCGAGCCCGUCAUCCUUCCCCCGCAGUCGCAGCUGGAUGGUCGCACGCCCUAUUUCCUCCAACAAGGUAUGCCUUCUUGGGCACAAGGCGGUUUUGAUGAUUCAGUGAUGUCGAGCCUUGAGGCUUUGCAGUGGCUUGACCAGGAUUUCGUAUUUGAAGACAACCCGAUGUACGGACCCGGUGGUAUUAAUUAA